CCGGAAUCGCUCCGCGUUGAACAUUGGAUGCCUUUUUCCUCCUUUCCUGCUUGCUUCCUUGCCAAUCUCAAGUCCACACGCAUCGACUCGCCUCACUGUCGAGGGGGUUGUCUUUUGUGGCAUUGCUCACCACCACCACCCAGACCAGAUCGGUAUUCGCCCACGACGCUGGCCCGGCCAACACUUCGGACGCCCAACAACUGAGGAAACUUGCAGAGCUGCCACACCUUCCCAGCCCCUCGACAAUCUGCACAAGUGUGGGCAUCUGCAGGCCCCCCGGCCACCUCAUCCCCACCCCCACCAAAGUCCACGGCGCCGACGUAUAAAGAGAGUCCUUGUGCAACCACACCAAUGUCUCCGAGCCUCGUUGCCUCGCCGUCCCCGCCUCUCUUACACCGGUACACUCAGCAAGGUGGCAGGAUCCGUCCGGCUGCCGUACCGCGCCAAAAUGAUGCCAUCAAUGUUCAGCAGUCUUAGCUUGUUCUUCGCUCGACGCGGAGUCAACUCGCACAGCAUGCUCGACAACUCGGCGGCGGCAACAUGACAGAAGAAAAAAAGUCUCUUUGGACACGACCCGGCACUCGAUUUCAGAACAAGGCAGCCGAGUCUGGGGCAGUGUCCCCGCCCUCAACCCGCCCCUCCAACUUUCGCGUUCAUCCCGGUCUCCGAUCACGACCCCCCGCUGCGGCCGCCGGGCCUGAAGCCAUCUCGACGCCCGCAAGUUUCCCCCCCGUCGACAUCCUUGCAUGAGGCUUCGUGACCUUCAGCUCUGGAACGCCUCGAGUUUGCCUGUCAGCAGAACCUCAGCCGUUGUUCACUGCCUUGCAGUCCCUCCCCCGACAGCCGUGAGACCUCGCAAUACCCUUGAACCCGGCAGCAAGGUACUGGGGCGAAUCAGGGCUUUUUUGGUCCCGUCCGCCCAGGCGGCUUUAUGUCAACGUGACCCGGCUGGAAAACAAGGCAAAAUGGCUGAGGUCGUAGGCGUCGUUAGUGCGGCAGUGCAGUUGGGCCAACUCUGCCUGUCGAUCUCGAGCCAUAUACACGGCCUCAAGAAGUCUACAAAAACGCUGGAAAACUACAACAGGGAGCUUACAGAAGUGAGCCAAUUGUCGGACCUGAUAACUAAGAAUCCCUCCUUACAAACGCCGGAGGUCGAACGGUAUACCAAAACUCUCUUGGAGCUGAUUCAACAGACAGGUCUUGCGACCAUCCUCGGCAAGCAGUGGCUGACGCGGGCCUUCUUUCUGCUCCAUAAGCAACAGGACCUCAACAACGCCAUAAGCGCCGUCGAGCGUCAAAAGACGAGCCUGUUGCUUUACAUGGACGACGUCACUUUACAGAAGGUGCAACAAAUAAACGUGAAUAUCAACAGGCUCAUCGGUACCCCUGAAAGAGACCAAGAGAACACCAUGUCCGGCACUCGAACCCAGAUCAUCACCAACGAGACCGGACGCGAUCGCAUACUUGAAGCUUUUCCUCCGCGGGGACAGAGCGAGAACAGCACUGUCAUGGCGCACUCGGCUCCUUCUGACGCGUAUCGUGGAGAGGGUCGCAGGCUUUCCGUGCCGAAUGUAGACUCCAACGGCGUUUUACUUCAAAUCAAUGGGGCCCGUGAUUCUGCAGCGCUUCGACGGGGCUCCAGAGCCAACCACGUGGGCAACUACGCGGGGCCCAACGUGAAUCAGUGGAACGGCGCCCGAGUCGAGGGCGCCGCCGCCAUCUUGCCUGGUCUGAAGGACACGACGGAGCACCGAGACGCGAAGAAGGAGGGGCCUGGAGAGCAGCGCAACGGGAGCACGUUUUACGUGGAAGGCGACCUGGUGGCCACACUAGACAUUGCAAGCCUUUCGGGCUAUCACACCAACGCCAGUGCAACUACCGUCCCCAGCGUGAAUUCGGGGUCCAACGCCAGCUUCAGCAGUGAAGGAGACGUGCAAGAGACUUGCCAGAUCAAUGGCCCCAGCGUGUACUUUAGGAAGAGCACGUGAACCGGCUGGUGAUGGACGUCUGAAUAUGGAUGCAACGCAGACAGGAUGUUCAUGACGGAUGGAGGCAUUGGCCCCGGCUGGAGGUGCAGUACAUUCGUUUUCUUCCAAGACAUUAAACAGAGGAGACUACUGUACAUAAACACGACGACGUCAUCCGGGGGAAUCGUGACUCAAGUGCUCGCCAUGUGAUCCUGUGCGGCUGCACUCCAUGGGCGGCUCUGCGACAUUUCACCUCUUCCCCAAGCCGCCUUUUUGAUGAGAUCCCGUGAAC